GGUGUCCGCGAGCUGAUCCGAGUGGCUGCGGGCGGCCUGGGCUGCGGGGCCGCGCCUGCGGCGAGAUGGCGGUCCUGGGCGCCGAGGGCUGAGGCGCCGCCGCGGGGGACGCGCCGCUGCGAGGCCGCGGGGAGUCGGUUUGUCUCCUCACUAGACUAUGAGCUCCUUGAAAGAAGGCAUCGUGUCUUACUCAUCUUUAUAUCCCCAGUGUCUAGCACAGUUCCUGGUACAGAGUUUCAGUUGAAUUUUGGGACAUGGCCACUGCUUCACCAAGGUCUGAUACUAGUAAUAACCACAGUGGAAGGUUACAGUUACAGGUAACUGUUUCUAGUGCCAAACUAAAAAGAAAAAAGAACUGGUUUGGAACAGCAAUAUAUACAGAAGUAGCUGUAGAUGGAGAAAUUAAGAAAACAGCAAAAUCCAAUAGUUCUUCUAAUCCCAAAUGGGAUGAACAGCUAACCGUAAAUGUGACCCCACAGACCACACUGGAAUUCCGAGUUUGGAGCCAUCAUACUUUAAAAGCAGAUGCUUUAUUAGGAAGAGCAACAAUAGAUUUGAAACAAGCUUUGUUAAAACACAACAGAAAGUUGGAAAGAGUGAAAGAACAGUUAAAACUGUCCUUGGAAAACAAGAAUGGUGUUGUGCAAACUGGAGAGCUGACUGUCGUACUGGAUGGACUGGCGAUUGAGCUGGAAAGCCUAACGAACUGCAGCUCACCUCCAAGCAUAGAAAUACAGCAAAAUGGGGAUGCCUUACAUGAGAAUGCAGAGCCUUCUGCCAGGACGACGACCAGGCUGGCUGCUGAAGGCACUAAUGGAGUCAGCGACCCUGUGUGUGCAAACCCCCCAGCACAGAGCUCACGCUGCUCAUGCGUGCAGAACGGAGACAGCACGCCACCAUGUCCGUCUCAGGGCGCUGCCAGGCCCAAGAACACACCAGCUCCGGCCCCACUCGCGUCUGAGCCUGCCAAUGACACUGUUAAUGGAGAGUCACCCUCAUCGGCCCCUGAUGAUGCCUCAGGGGCUGCAGUGCCCUCUGAAGACACCGCCUUGUCUCCAGGUCACACUAGUGCCACCAGUGAGGACCCGCCCGGUCCAGAAGUGCCAGCUGCCUCAGGACAAAACGGCUGCGUCCUUCCUGACAGUGCAGCACUUGAGUCUGAAGCUGGCCGUGCCCUGGACCCGGGUGCCUCCUCUUCCUCCUCUGCCUCGGCCUCUGGGACCGGCUCUGCCCUCGAGGCCGCCAAAUCCAGGCAGCCGGCUGGGUGUGAGGAGCCCACCCGGCCCUCGGGGACCCCUGGCACCGAUACUUUGCCCUCAGGGUGGGAGCAGAGGAAAGACCCUCACGGGAGAACGUAUUACGUGGAUCAUAACACUCGGACGACCACGUGGGAGAGGCCACAACCGUUACCUCCAGGCUGGGAAAGAAGAGUGGAUGACCGCGGGCGGGUGUACUACGUGGACCACAACACCAGGACCACCACCUGGCAGCGGCCCACCGUGGAGUCCGUGCGCAACUUCGAGCAGUGGCAGUCGCAGCGCAGCCAGCUGCAGGGGGCCAUGCAGCAGUUCAACCAGCGCUACCUCUACUCGGCCUCGAUGUUAGCUGCAGAGAAUGACCCGUACGGGCCUUUGCCACCAGGCUGGGAGAAAAGAGUAGAUUCAACAGACAGAGUCUACUUCGUGAAUCAUAACACAAAAACCACCCAGUGGGAAGAUCCCAGAACUCAAGGCUUACAGAAUGAAGAACCGCUGCCCGAAGGCUGGGAAAUCAGGUACACCCGGGAAGGUGUCAGGUACUUUGUCGAUCACAACACGAGGACCACGACAUUCAAGGACCCUCGCAACGGGAAGUCGUCUGUAACUAAAGGUGGUCCGCAAAUUGCUUACGAGCGCAGCUUCAGAUGGAAACUUGCUCACUUCCGUUACUUGUGCCAGUCCAACGCGCUGCCCAGUCAUGUGAAAAUCAACGCGUCCCGGCAGACACUGUUUGAAGACUCCUUCCAGCAGAUUAUGGCAUUAAAACCCUAUGACUUGAGGAGGCGAUUGUAUGUAAUAUUUAGAGGAGAAGAAGGACUUGAUUACGGUGGUUUAGCAAGAGAGUGGUUUUUCUUGCUCUCACAUGAAGUGUUGAACCCCAUGUACUGCCUGUUCGAGUAUGCUGGCAAGAACAACUACUGUCUGCAGAUAAACCCCGCGUCCACCAUCAACCCAGACCACCUUUCCUACUUCUGCUUCAUCGGUCGCUUUAUUGCUAUGGCGCUUUUCCACGGGAAGUUCAUUGACACCGGCUUCUCGUUGCCGUUCUACAAGCGGAUGCUGAGUAAGAAACUGACCAUCAAGGACCUGGAGUCCAUCGACACCGAGUUUUAUAACUCGCUCAUCUGGAUAAGAGACAACAACAUUGAAGAGUGUGGCUUAGAAAUGUACUUUUCUGUUGACAUGGAGAUUUUGGGAAAAGUGACUUCGCACGACCUGAAGUUGGGAGGUGCCAACAUCCUGGUGACGGAGGAGAACAAGGACGAGUACAUCGGUUUGAUGACCGAGUGGCGUUUCUCUCGAGGCGUUCAGGAGCAGACCAAAGCUUUCCUCGACGGCUUUAACGAAGUCGUCCCCCUCCAAUGGCUGCAGUACUUCGACGAGAAGGAGCUGGAGGUCAUGCUGUGUGGCAUGCAGGAAGUGGACCUGGCCGACUGGCAGAGGAAUACCGUGUACCGACACUACACCAGGAACAGCAAGCAAAUCAUUUGGUUUUGGCAGUUUGUGAAGGAGACAGACAAUGAAGUGCGAAUGCGCCUGCUGCAGUUUGUCACCGGGACCUGCCGCCUGCCACUGGGAGGCUUUGCCGAGCUCAUGGGAAGUAACGGGCCUCAAAAAUUCUGCAUUGAAAAAGUUGGCAAAGACACCUGGUUACCAAGAAGCCAUACAUGCUUUAAUCGCUUGGAUCUACCACCAUAUAAGAGUUAUGAACAACUAAAGGAAAAACUUCUUUUUGCUAUAGAAGAGACAGAAGGAUUUGGACAAGAAUAAACGUGACUUCUUGUCUUGGAGGAGCGCUUGCAUUUAACUAACCCAGCCAAGAAAAGUUGCACAGAUAAGUUGUAUAAGCUGUUCGUUCUGUACAGUGAAUUUUCUGAACGUCUCCAAGUAGUUUUCCGUUCUUCCACAGAAAUAUGCAAGCAAAAUAAUUCAUCCUUUUUUACUUUAUUUAUUGUUCCCUUGAAAUGACUGACCAGGAAAAAGAUCAUCCUUAAAUUUUGAAACAAGAGACUAUUAAAAAUAAGUAUAUAUCUCUAUAAGCAUAUAUGAUGGCGGCUCUAGUUUUAUAGAGCUCCAAGUGUAUUAAACACGACAGCCAUUCAUUCACAAAUGAUCUGGAUUUGCUUUCCUUUGUUUCUCCCGAAUCCAGGGAAAAAGUGGGGGCUGCUCCCUGUCCCUUCGGAGCGUUCCCUGAGGGCUGAGGCACAUGGCUGUUCAGGAAGAUAUUUAAGGGCUCAGGCCAAAUCUUAUGUCGACUGUGUGAAAAAUGCUGCUGGAUUUUCUGAAGACAGGUGCUGGAACCUGUUGAGUUGUUUUAAAUAAACCCAAUAGUGGAAAAUGUUCCCUCGUUGCGACAUCACUGAUACAAAGCAAGGAAUGAAACCAUGCUUCCAUGAAGGGUGGUCGGGUACUACGUAGGUGGGACCUCCAGACCCUUUAGUUUAGUCUGAGAUUGGAAAGAAUUCACGGAAAAGCAGAGAGGCUUGUUUACAUGUUACCUCGGGAUGCGAAGUAUUUGUGGAAUUAAAAAGAAUCAGGCACGCCUGUACUUUUAAAUGUGAUGUUCUUUAAAUUUAGUUCAUAAUAAAUUGAUGCAAUUUGAUACUUAGGAAACGUUUAUGCUUUGGUUUGUGUUCAAAGUUCUGGUUUCCUAAAAGUAGAUGGAUUGAAAUUUCGCAUAAGCUUUGAACAGUCAAAUGAGUCUAAUGAUUUUCUAUUAGUGUCUGAGUAUCUCCAGUCUUUUAAAAUUUAUGAAAUUCUGUCUUUGAAUUAAAUAAGCAUAUAAAAAAAUCUUUUUGGUCAUCCCCCCAAUUUUAUAUAGAUCAUUAUUUUUGUCCUAGUUAAUAACACUUUUUAAUUGUUUUUCAUUAUGAAGGGCAUUUGCUGAACUACAAAGAUGUUUAACAAAUUAAAAUCUAAUGUGAAUGAUAUUAAUGCUACUUUAGCAAACUGGGCUUCCUUAUUAGUACAAAAAUAGAAAUUUGUAUAAUUUCAAUAUGGACUGUAAAUUUCAUUAACUUAAAUUUUUUUAUAACCACGGAACCGACAUCUUAGAAUGUUGUAAUAUAUUUCACUGCUAAGUACAUACGAAAAAUAUUAGUAUACAAUUUAAUUUCCCUAAACAGUUUGUUUUGCCAAAAUUUUAUUUUUCUAUAAAUUUAGAUUGUGCUCUGCAUUUUUAUUCAAAACUCACAGUGAAGACGCAAUAAAGGCAGUGAUCCGCUUGGUUGAGUAGACUCCUUUCCCAAAUCCUAAUUACUGACACUGGUUAUUUAUUUUCAAGCCUAAAGAAUUAGAAAAAAUUCUAAUGUAUACGACAAAUUAUGCAUGAGAAGGUGACCAUUCUCCCAAAGUGCUGCUCACGUUAUAUCUUACUUAAGAGUCAUGUAUUAGACACAUACCAGGUGCCACUGCUGGCUGCUUUCUGCUGUGACAGGUGUUGUCACUCAGUGGAGGUGUGACCACAGCAUCCAGGACGCUUCCAGGGUACUGGUUCCCCUCCUCACUUCAAGGAAAAAAUUACUGUCACCAGGUGAGGUCACACACGCCCAGAGGCAACUCACCAGGAUUUGCUCUCAAUUUAUAUCCACUCAGUGGCAGUGGGACAAGCCUGAGAAAUGUGGCCACCUCCUGUCCUGUGCGGGGCUCACUGCCUGGACACAGGUGGGUGGGAAGCUCAGCCACUCACGCUGCCGGUGACCUGAGCCAGGGGAAGGGUCAUGGGCGCAACACUAUUUCAUCUGUCAGACUGGUUGUCUGUCUUCCAUGGAAAGAAACUGGAAGUGGUUUUUGUUUCCCGUACCUGCUAGGCAGGUAAAGCCGAAAGGGUUACUGAAACACCCUGCAGCCUUUGGCGAACCACCUAACUAACCCUUCUUAUUUAUCCUCGAAAGUAGGCCGGGUGGCACGUGGCAGCAGUGCUGCUCCCCCCCGCCCCACACACACGCACGACUUAAUCCAUUGACCUGAAACGCCAGGGCCUUCUGCCUCCUGAGGCUCCUUCCAGGUACCAGCCAGCACCCCCACUGCUCCGAGGGCAGGGCAGUGGGUCAGAACAGGACGUCUGUUACACAAGCUGCACGGCUCUGCCAAAGGACUCAAACCCUCCUCCUUUUUCCUCCUCACGGUAACGUCCAGGCACACAAUCCAGAACAGUCUACAGUGAGCACCACACCAAAGCAAAAACUGCUGCCCAAAUAACGCUCCAACCACAGAACAUACAAGUCCAAAGUGGCACCUCCUAAAUUCCAGAUUUCUUCUCCCCGAUCCCAACACUCGAGAACACAGUCAGCUGCUAACGGCCCUGACCAUGUUCUGUGAUCCUCACAACUCCGUGAGGUUGGUGCCUUUUGCUUUAUCACUGUCACAAUGAUGCUUAUUUAGAGAGAAGGAAAGUGAGCCUGAGGUGUCAUUUUUACCAAGUCCACAGCCUGUCAUUAAACGCUCAGUUGGGAAAAUUUUGCCAACAAGACUUCCACGAGAGCUUUCAGGUCCUUCCAGGUAACAGCCACUUGGCACAUUCAGACUAUUUCUCACCACCUCAAAGUGAGACAGAGCUCUAGAAGGAGAGGUCGCUGGACCUCCCCAGCCGGUCUGUGCUGCUGAGACCACGAGCACCGUGUGUGCCCGUCUCAGAGAGCAGGUGGGACCUGGGGAUCACCCCAGGAGGAGGCAGCAGGGGUCGGCCCGAGGGAGGGGACAAUGAAAAGAACCAGGGUGAGACCUGGGGCUCAGAUUCCUGGAAGUCCAGAGGAAGAGAGUGAGAACGUGCAUGGGGCCAGAACCCGGGCCAGGGCCUGUCGGGGGAGGCAGAUUGCACACCAGUUGGGUGACGGACCCCGCCUCCGAGCAUUCAUCCCAGACUUGGACAUUUAUGUCGCCGGGAGCCACGCCUAAUGUACACAGCAGCCCUGGUGGGACACGGCCUGCCUCCCCUUCAGAGGGUACUUACAUGACCUGUAUUCCCACACAAUGAAAUACAAUCAACAAUAAAAAAAAGAACGACGGACUGAAUUUAGAUGGCUUGCAAAGGAAUUGUCCUGAAUGAAAAAGCCAAUCUCCAAAGAUCACACUCAUCCUAAUCCUAUUUACAUAUCAUUCCUGAAAUGAGAACUCACUAGUGGUUGCCAAGAUCCUGAGAAGAGAGGAGAAGGGAGGGGAGGGGGAUGUGACUAAAGGGACAGCACCUGGGCUCUUGGUGACGGUGGCAGUUCUGUAUCGCCACUGUGUGGUUACUAGUCUGCACGUGUGUUAAAACUGCACAGAACACACAUGUACACAAUUGAGAGUAUCUAAAAGUGGCCAGGUCUCUGAUGUGUUACCACUGGGACAAACUAGGGGAAGGAUAUGCAGGACUUCUUGGUACUAUUGUUUCUUUGCAACUACUUAUGAAUCUAUAAUUACUUCAAAGGAAAACUUUUUUAAAGUUCUAUGAAAUAUCAGAAGAUAGACCUUCCCCCAAUAAAAGUCUUUAUUACUGAAAGACACUUCAUUUUGUAAAAACAAUGUAGCUGAGGGUGUUUUUUAGCCCAAACUUCUCACCUGGUUUGAUUGCUGGUAACUCAACACACACACAAAUUACCCUCCAGCAAACAACAUUCAAAGUCACUCUAAAGAAAAACCUGAAAGAGAAAAUUUCUGAUGAAAAUACUCAAAAUACAAAAACCAGCAAAAUUCUUGAACACAACACACUAACAUGAAUUAAAUGUGAAUAAAUACAAUAUGAAAAAAAUCCAAAUUAGAAAUUCAAAACUCAGAACUGGACAAACAUGAAGAUGAAGAUUAAAAUGCCUGCUGCCCAAGAUCAGAAAAAAAAUUAAAGACACAAACUUUAAAACUUUUUGUC